AUGCAUAAGACGAGGUGUGUUGCUCAUGGAAUUCAGCUUCUUUUGAAAGACAUAUAUGAAGAAAUUAAUUGGGUAAAAGUUGCCACAGAUGAAGCAAGAAUAAUAGUUAUGUUCAUGACACGGUACACAGUUCUUCAUGUAGUAAUGAAAGAGUACACCAAAUAUAGACAAUUGAGACAAUCUUGUGCCACAAGAUUCGCUUCAAAUUUUUUAAUGCUUCAAUUUGUGUUGGAUUUGGAUAAUGAACUUCGACUCUUUGUUGCUUCAUCUGAAUGGAGGCGUUUUGAUUAUUGUACGAUCGAAUCAGGUACAAGAGUCACUGAAAUUAUUCAGAGUGAUUUUUGGGCUAGAGGAAGAGAGGUUAUAAAAACUAUUGAGCUAUUGGUUCGAGUUCUUCAUUUGGUUGAUGGUGAUGGAUCUACUGCUGGUUACUUAUAUGAAGCAAUGAUGAGAGCAAAAGUUGCAAUCAAGGAAAGAUGUAAUAGUGAGGCAAGCAAGUAUGAGAGAAUUUGGGAAUUGUUUGAGAACCACCGGAUCAACAACAUCAUUCAUCCGAUACAUGUUGUGGCUGCCUUUCUCAAUCCAUCUUACUUUUUCUCACAAAAUUUUAGAGAGGAUAGGGAGAUAAAAGAUGGCAUCAAUUUCAUUCAUGAAAACUUGCUUCUAAUAGAAGAGAAGCAUCAAUUUAUGAGAGAGGUUCAAUUGUAUUGUAGUAGGCCAUCUACUUUAUUUAUUGCAACACCAAAAAUGAUGUUACAAACAAGUCAUCCUCGAAUAUGGUGGGAUUACAGUGGGGAUGAUCUUCCUAUGCUCAAGAAGUAUGCCAUUCGAAUUUUGAAUUAA